CAGGGGCGGGGCGUCCAACUGCUCCUACCCCCUUCCCCCGCCCUCACCUGUAAGCUAACUCCUCGUUGUCUUCCUUUUCCGGGAGUCAUCCUGUCGUGAGAACCGUACGUGGGAUGUAGAGUUCCAUCGAUCGAUCAAUUUUAAACAUUAACACGAAGCGAGGGAGGAAUGAUGGACGUGGGCGUCUGGGAUUCCGUCAGACAAGUUCGGCUGUAGUUCAAGAGAACUCGGGACUCCGUUUUGGCCCAACUUAUCUUUUUGGAGAGAAACUUUCAAGUCCUCACUCUUCGUUUUUGUAAAAAAAACCGGUGUGAAGAGCGGGGGCUGGUAGAUCGGGCCGAGGGAAGUUUUGUCGGGGGGGUUGUUGGUGUUUAUCUGUUUUUCCCCUCCCCAAGAGUGAGGUGACGGUUAGAGGCGCGUGGAUUGACCAUGGGCUCGAGACUGCGGCGCGGGACGCUCGCGCUUUUGCUGGUGGCUUUGCUGGCACUGAGUCCCCAGGUGCGUGGGGAGAAGGACUCGGAACUGUAUUGCGGAGUUUGCAGGGCCUUGGUGGAUGAACUAGACUGGGCAAUUAAGAAAGUGGAUCCAAAGAAGACAAUUCAAGUGGGGUCUUUCCGAAUUAGUCCUGAUGGCUCUCAGAAACCAAAUGAGAUUCCAUAUGCUAAGUCAGAGACCCAUCUACUUGAACUCUUUGAAACUAUAUGUUCAAAUAUGGAUGAUUAUGCAUUAUACGUGGAUCCAGAGACCCAGAAAAAGACUUACAUGAGAUUUGCUCCAAGGGAUUCUGAGAAACUGGGUUCAGUAGAUUUUAAAAAUUUCAAGUUUGAUCCUGAAAAUUCUAAAUCACUAAAGUUUGUGUGUGAAAGUAUACUGGAAGAAUACGAAGAGGAAAUAAUUUCUCUGUUUGCCCAUGAGGCAGACCAUGUGGCUGACAAGCUAUGCAACGAGAAAUCAGAGAUAUGUGAUCUAUCUAGACAAACUCCUCGCUCUGAUCUAUAAUCCUGCAAAGAACUGGUGCAUAUCAAGUUGGACUGGGAGAAUUAUAAAUGACUGCAUCAACAGCUGGUGAAUUUACACUGGACCAGGACUGCUGCUCUGAAUAUGUUGCCUACUCUUCACGAACCACUAAUUCAGAUACUUUCAUUAUGGCUGUUGUUUGAUAACUCUUGAUCUGUUCUGGUGUUUUCAUAUUACCCACAAAUUUAUUAAACAGAUUUUGUAGCCAAGAAUAAUUUUAAGUCAAUAAUCUACCUUCGGAAAUAUUUUUAGCUUAACACACAAACCAGAAAAUAAUACAUGGUAUUUUUCCUUUCUUUUUGUUCAAAUAAAUUAUGUGAUGAUUUUUCUCUAGGAUUAUUUUCAAUUUUAUAAUCUGCGCUUCUAAAUAAAAUUACAUUUUUAUUCUAAAA